AUGCUGAUCGUGCUGAAUAUUGGGCUUAGCUCGGAUCGUGGAGGGGUGGGGAAGUGGUAUGUCGGGGGGGGAGGGUUAAGGCAAGCAAGAACUUCUUCCGCGCAUACGUAUAGACGUAUAGAACACAAUGCGGCAGCGUUCUGCGUCGACGUGGGAACGACGCCCGUGCGCCAGCGUACUAGCAGCCUGAACACACAUAAAUACAUACAACAUGGCAACCACUGGCAUACCACCACCGACCGAAGACGGGGACGCCUGCGGAGCGAUCUCUUGGAGACUGGAGACUGGAGUGUCAGCAGGCCGAGCCUCCCCUCUACCCCGCUGCCCCGUCCUCCCCCCUUCCACCAGAGCCCCCCACCGUCCCCACAGCCCCCUCCCUUCCCUCCCUUUAGCGCUCGUCACUACGCCAUCGCACUCUAUUACGCGCUGCCAUUCGCUGUCCGGUCGUCGUCCUCUUUAGUCGCGCCUUCAAUAGUUUAA